AUGGCUGACACCGUUGGCAAGACCAUUACGUGCAAGGCCGCCGUCGCCUGGGAAGCUGGCCAGCCGCUCAGCAUCGAGGAGAUUGAGGUUGCGCCUCCCAAGGCUCACGAGGUUCGCAUUCAGAUCUACUACACCGGAGUUUGUCACACAGACGCCUACACACUGUCCGGCAAGGACCCCGAGGGUGCUUUCCCUAUUGUUCUCGGACACGAGGGUGCCGGUCUUGUUGAGUCCGUUGGUGAGGGUGUUACCAACGUGAAGCCUGGUGACCACGUCGUUGCCCUCUACACACCGGAAUGUAAGGAGUGCAAGUUCUGCAAGUCGGGAAAGACGAACCUGUGCGGCAAGAUCCGAGCCACGCAAGGUAAGGGUGUGAUGCCCGAUGGCACCUCCCGAUUUAAAUGCAAGGGCAAGGACCUCCUCCACUUCAUGGGAACUUCAACCUUCUCUCAGUACACUGUCGUCGCGGACAUUUCCGUCGUCGCCGUUCAGCAAGAUGCUCCCAUGGACCGAACAUGCCUGCUGGGUUGCGGUAUCACAACUGGUUAUGGUGCCGCUAGAAUCACCGCCAACGUCGAGGAGGGUUCAACCGUCGCCGUCUUCGGUGCCGGUUGUGUCGGUCUCUCCGUUGUGCAAGGUGCCGUUGUUCAAAAGGCCGGCCGCAUCAUUGUUGUCGACGUGAACCCCAGCAAGGAGGAAUGGUCCAAGAAGUUUGGUGCGACCGACUUCAUCAACCCCAUGGAGCUCAAGGGCCAAUCGAUCCAGGAGAAGCUCGUUGAGUUCACCGAUGGUGGUUGUGACUACACCUUUGACUGCACUGGUAACGUCGGUGUCAUGCGGGCAGCACUUGAGGCCUGCCACAAGGGUUGGGGUCAGAGCAUCAUCAUUGGUGUCGCUGCCGCUGGUCAAGAGAUCUCCACACGGCCAUUCCAAUUGGUCACUGGACGUGUCUGGAAGGGCUGUGCUUUCGGAGGUGUCAAGGGUCGCUCGCAGCUGCCUGGCCUGGUGACUGACUACCUCGAGGGUAGACUGAAGGUGGAUGAGUUCAUUACUCACAGAAAAGAGCUUCCCGAUAUCAACCCUGCAUUCGAGGUGAUGAAGGCAGGAGACUGCAUUCGCUGCGUCGUUGACAUGAGGAAGAUUUAG